GAAACCUUAGUCUAGCUGUGGGGUUAAAUACAGCUCGUGGAUUUCUCCCUGUAUUCAUUCAACUUACAUCGAAGUAAUCGGUUAUUUCCAACUAAUAAGGCGCGUAUCUACAUGAUGGCGAUACGGAUUGUAUUUUUACUGGUUGCCUUAACCGUUGUGACGUCACAAGCUGUAGAAGACACUAAGAAAACACAUUCCGGAGCAUGUAUGGAUGGUUGGACACACUUUGGUGGUUCUUGUUACUACUUGUAUGGAUACGAUAAUGCUAUGGCCCAUUCCGAUGCUUUUGUUAAGUGUGCUGCUAUGGCAAAGGGAUGGUAUAUUCAUUUAGCGAGUUUUCACGACCGAAAAGAGUAUGAAUGGGUAUACGGCUGGUUAGCUACACAGACUCACUGGAAAAAAAGUUUAAGUACAUGGAUUGGACUUACUUUGACACCAGAAAAAAUAUGGGAAUGGCAUGACGAUAAGAAAUUGAAUUAUAGUGAUGCAUGGGCACCAGAACAACCAGAUGGUAAUGGUGCAUGUGCUGAAAUACGACAAGACACUGGAGGUUUUAAUGAUCAGAAUUGUUCAUUUGUAAAUCAGUUCCUUUGUGAAUAUGAACUGAGUGCAUUGCCACCAAAAGCAACUUUACUUCCAAGUCCAUGUCCAGAAGGAUGGGGAUAUCAUAAUUAUUCAUGCUACUUGUUUGGUAACUAUCUCCAUGGAAGAAAUUACAGUGCAUCUGAACAUGAAUGUUCAAAACACAAUUCCCAUUUAGCAAAUCUACAAUACAGCGGGGAAUACGUCUAUGCUUACUCAAUGCUAGAACAUGAGGAACACUUCCAUAGAGAAAUUGGUGUAUGGAUUGGUUUACGGCUCGUGGAUAACGUGUGGAGAUGGGGUGAUGGAUCGAAAUUGGAAUAUGAAUCCGUAUGGGCUAAAGGUGAACCUAAUGGACAUGGACCGUGCGGAAGUAUACAUAAGGAGUCAGGUGGCAUUGGCGAUUCACCGUGUGAUCAUACCAAGCAAUAUCUAUGCGAAUAUGAACUAGCUAGGCCAACAUCUGAACCAAAACCAGCAAAAGUUACUAUAUGCGAUACUAAUUGGGUGCACUAUGAGCAUUCGUGCUACCUAUUUGUUGGACAAGAUAUGAAAAAGUCACAGCACAAAGCGGCUACAUACUGUGGAGAUGAACACGUGGACGCACAUUUGAUUGAUUUACAAGAUCUCUAUGAAUAUGAGUGGAUUAUGGAAGAGGUUAAAUCACGACCUGACUUUGAUCAGAAUAGCGAUACAUGGAUUGGAUUGACGAGGAAGACUUCGGGUGAUAGUAAACAUUGGGUGUGGACAGAUCACACUGAAUUGAAAUAUAACAACACUUGGGCAGAUAACAACCCAAGCAGUGACACUGAUAUGUGUGGGUCGUUUCAUAGAGGGGCAGGUGGGUUCAAUGACCAUGGAUGCGACCAUGAAGAACAAUUCAUUUGUGAAUAUGAAUUGCAAGAUGACGAGUCUGAUGAAGAAUCUACAAGUAAAGUUGUUGUCCUAGCUGCUGUCGCACUUGCCUUGGUUUGCCUCGUUCUUAUCGUUAUCAUGGCGAGAGCAAUCAGAAAGUGCUACAAACAAUCCCACGAUACAAGAGUAAAGUACUCGGGUAUCACAACUGAUGUGAAGCGCAGUGAUCCAUACGUCGACAUUAGAAUUACAGAAAACCCUCGCCAGGGCCAAUAUCGAGACGACGAUAUUAGCGCCAGACCAUAUACCGACAACGACGAAAACAUUUAAAUGGUAUAGUACAGUCGCUGCUGUACUGCAGUUCAAUUUUGAUACCAGGUAUUGAUGUCAGAAAUACACAUAAACUUCUUUUUGAGUUAAUAUUCCAUGUAUUCAUGACAAUUUACGAUGCCUUUUCACUUCACUCUUUGUUUGCAUAUUCUCGACGUGAGCCCAUCGAUUAAACUUGCUAUUCAAUUUAUAUCUUGCAUAAGAAUAUUCUAAACUGUUAUUCUUUUGUAAAGGUAUACUUUGUUUUCAAUAGAAUAUCUUAGUUAUGUUAGUUAAGAUAGAACAUAUGCGUAAUCGUGACAGCCAGAUCAAUCGAUCAACGAUUAUUGCGCUAAUUUAUGGAUCAGCACAAAUCAUAUUAUGUAUUCAAUCCAAUAACAGCAGUUAAUCAAAUACUUUUUACGUUGUUACUUUAUAAGAUAAUUCUAGUUGUUGUGGUUCAUACAUAUUGAAUACCACAUUUCCUGGCAAGCACAUUGACAAAGACGUUAAAUCGUGUCUCGUCCUAAGAAAAUUAGUAGUAUACAACUUGUUUGUAUAGCCUCAUCCAUUCGCGAUGCUUUUAGCUUUUAGAUUCAGAGAGUAUUUGCAUAAUUUUGUUCCACUUCACUGCUUCUCAUGCGUAUUCAGCUGGCAGUGGUUUGCCAGAUGUUUUUGUUUUUCAUUAUGGCUGGACCGUUUCCAAUAAUCAGAUGCUAAUUUUAUAAUUAUUUGAAAGAAUCUUGUUUUGGUGUUUAGAAUAUGGAAGCUUUUUUCAUUAAGAAGGGAUGCGGCCGUGAACAUUCGGCAUAAUUAUACCGCAUCACAAAAAUAAUUUCAAUAUACUGCAAACGUCAUGGUGAGGCCAUGGAGGUUUAUUAUUGUUACAUAUGUUCCCACAUUUUACGGAAAACGCUGGAAAAGUCGUAACCAUUGUAUCCAAAACGUUGGUAUGAGUGUGAUAUCGAAGAAUAAAUGACGCGUCCAGGGUACGUGUCAUUGCCGGAUUAACUUUAGUUUUUAUCCAGGAUUUCUAUCCUUUAAAAGAUUGUUAAGUCAACCGUUUAUAUUUCCUUGUUACUAUCGCUACCCAUUUCUUCAUUUUCAUAAACAUUUAUAAAUAAUUUCUUCGGCUGUUGAAUCCAACCAGCUAAUUAAUGAUCGCGGCGGGAUUGACAUUUUUUAAAUAUUUUUGAAUGUCAUUCUAUCGGCCAAUUGAAUUGUAAAAUUAAUUGUAAAUAUUUAUAAAAAACAAAUGGAAAGGGUUUGUUGUGGCGAUAACAGAAGAAUUUAAAAAAACUACUGCAUUGGUGAUGAUGAUGGUGUUGUGUUGUAGCUUGGCAGAAUGCCUAACAAUGCCCGGAUGUUAAUAUAGUUGCUCACAUUGUGAUUACGGGAUACGAUACUUGAAAGAUUUUAAAAUUAAUUAGUAAUUAGUAUAUAAAAAAUGUUUUCCAACAUGUCCAUGAUGAGGAUUGAAUAUAUAUUGAUUAUAUCACAGAUAUCACAUAGUCAUAGAGCUCCUGUUAUCUAUCAGUUAUGUAAUUUUUACAUAAAAAAGAAUAUAAAAUUGUUGUUGUUGUACAGCACAUCUUUGUUCGAGCGCCCUCAAUCGACUUAGUAAUUCUAGAUCUGUGAAGUCAAAUUGUGGUAAAUUAGUGUAAGUUGUCUUGUAACGUGUGGGACUAGAGCAAGACAGUUUCUCGCUCUUCGGUGAGAAAUGUUUUUAUUCGCGGGUCAAUACAAAUUCUCGUCGUGCGAGAAUGGGCGUGAGAAUUUAUAUUUUCGCAAAUGAAGCGGAGAAAUUAACAACACUUGCUUUAUUUUCGUACUUUUUACCAAUAGUGAAUAUACAGAGCAAAUAUUUUGAUUCGCUUUCGUCAUAUUACGUCACAGAAUUUUCUGGUCGGGUAUUGCAUUUUAUUUAGUAAUGUGUGUGUGGAACUUUAUUGUGGAUUACGUAUAAUAUAUUUGUUGAUUAUUGCAUUAACUUGUUAUUGUAUUGUAGUGUUAUAGUUGUACUACGCCCUCUUCGUGAAACUACUUGUAUCACAAAGGCCAUAUUAUGGUUUACGUCCUUCAAACAUUAUUUUUUACUGUGCAACUUUUAUUUGAAAAUGAUUAUUUUGAAAUCAAUGCGAAAAUCAAUACUUUAGCGGUUAAUCGUGGUUUGUAAUAUUUGUACUAAUUACAUCCAAGUUUGCAUGUUGUUUAGAUGUUAAUGGUUUAAGUGUUUGUCAUGUAUAUGCCUGUAAUGACAAAUAAAGCAAUCUAAUCAU